UUAUGAAUAAUCACUUCACUUUCAUUUAGCUUGACAAGAUUAAGAAUCUACAUGGAAAUGUCAAUAAAUGUAAUAAAUCCAGGGUUGUUCUGGAUCAAAGAUGCGGCGAUUCUUAUAAACCCAUACGUUGUUUCCCUCACAAGGGACAUAACUCCAAUGUUGUGAUAAGAAGCAUUGUUGCUAAGGUAAAUAUUAUCAAUAUUUUCUUGCAUUGACUUUACGCUUUUUCCUUGUGUGUGCGUGUAGUUGUAGGGCUGAAAUCCACAUACUUACAAUAACCUUGUCUUUGAAAUAAAUACGACCAUUUUAGUUACUGUUUAGAGAAUUAUCACUUAACAUUUUGAGGAUUACAUGAUGUUAGCGUUGACCCUGGAUCACAGUAUCACCAUCAUUUGUUAACUAGUAUCUAAAGGGAUCGGAUACAUAGUACACUGCUUAGCCUCUCAAAUAGAUGUUGUAUUAGAUGUUGAAGUAUUUCAUUACUUCCUUAGCGGAUGAUUUCUAUCGCGAAGGCUGCGGGAUGUGCGAGUGAGGGUCUCAACAGAUACGCAAUGGAGUCUGACAAACCUGAAUCAACACCACAACCUCCUCCAAACCCUUUCAAAGACUGCUGGCUGUUGACAAAAGAACACUUCAAUACUGAUAAGUAUGUUCCUGACCGGGCCAGUUAUGCCCUGGUCAGUGGAGAAGAGGUGACAAAGGAGAGAGUGACCGCUGUCUACUUCUCCGCUUCCUGGUGCCCCCCAUGUCAGAAGUUUACACCCCUCCUCAAGCAGAUGUACGAGGAUCUCAGGAACAGGAAUGCCCCUCUUCAAGUUAUCUUCAUCAGCUUUGACAGAACCAAGGAGAUGAUGAAAGAAUACUUCUUAAACUGUCACGGUGACUGGCUUGCAGUGCCCUAUGACGACCCCCUAAGAGAGCAGCUUGCCAACAAGUUCAACAUCAAUGCUAUCCCCAAGCUUGUUGUGUUGCGGCCAGACGGGGAGGUCAUCACAAUGAGAGGACGCAAGGACGUUCAAGACAAGGGAAUGAUCUGUUUCCGGAGUUGGCAGAGCGCAGCAAGCCUGGCAGACAAUGUGUCUUUAAGUCGAACAUUCUCCGAGACAAGGGGUGUCUCGGUGACAAGGAUGGAUGGGGAGACAGAUGAGUAGUCAACACUGCCUCACUGAGUGAGAGACAGAAUGAGAGUUAUCAAGAUGGGGAUGAUGAGCCAGCAGACGGCAAGAAGAUUUAGCCCUGAAGGUUGUCUGGUUAAUAGUGGUCUACACAUAUAUAGUAUGACCAGAAAUUAUUGAGAAUUUUAGGAAUAUGUUUAAUUGGAUUUCUAGUAUAAACAACC